AUGGCAUGCCGUGAGUCCGAGAAAGCCAGACAAGCACAUCAAUUGGUGUGUGAACACCACACGAACAAACAAAGCAAUGUGGUUUUGGAGUUUGUGGAUUUAGCCGACCUGUCUUCAAUUAAGGAUCUUGUGGGUCGAUUGGGCGAUCAGUCAAUUACGGUGGAUAUUUUGAUUAAUAAUGCGGGUGUGAUUUUAAACGACAAGCGACAGACAAAAGACGGGUUCGAGAUGCAGUUUGGCACCAACUAUCUGGGUCACUUUUUACUGACAGAAUUGCUGCUGCAAAAAUCAAUGAUCUCACGAGAUGAAUCGCAUCCUGCUCGAAUCAUUCAUUUGUCUAGCCAUGCCAUGCUAUUUGGCCACAUCGACUUUGACGACAUCCAAUUCGAGACACGCAAAUACACUAGCUGGAAGGCCUACACGCAAUCUAAAUUGGCCAAUGUCAUGUACGCCAAUUAUCUGGACAGAACGCACAAGGGAUUGAUUGCCAAUUCAGUCCAUCCGGGUAUGGUGCGCACACAAUUCGCAAAAAACUCUGGCAUGUUCCAUGUAUUGGAUGUCAUGUUCUAUCCCGUCUUUUACUUACUGUCCAAUUCUCCUGCUCAGGGAGCACAAACUUCCAUUUAUCUCGCAUCAAAUCCAGAGAUCCAGAGUGGCGGCAUGUAUUACAUGAACAGUAGGCCGUUCACCAUAUUCAAAAACAAGGAAAGCCAAGAUGAGGAAAUUCAACAAAAGCUUUAUAUUUACAGUAAAAACGCAGUAGGAGAGUAUCUCACGCAAUAA